UAAGUUAAGAAAAGUCUAAAUUUAAGCAAAAUUGUUUUUCUUUGAACUGGUUACAAACAAAUACAAAAUGGAUUCUCCUCGAACUGGUGGGGAGUCAACCCCACCUCAGUCCAACACUCCCAGGAAGUUGGAUACCAUGUCGCAUGAAGAUUUAGUCAAAGGGUACAAACGUCAAAUGCUUCUACUUCAAAAACUCAAAGCAAAAUGUGAUGAAUUUCAAACCAAACUAAAAGCAAAAGCUGACUAUGAUGAUAUUAAAGGAGAGCUUACCAGUUCUAAACAGAAGUAUGACGAAUUAUUGACACAGAAUGAAUCUUUAAAAUCCACCGAAGCUUUGCUCAAAAAAGGAAACAAUGCUAUGAAUGAGGAACUUGAAUGUUUAAGAAUGAAGCAAGACACUUUGCUUUCUUCUAUGCAGUAUUUGCAGGAGGACCAUGCAGCUGUCUCAGCAUCAAACAAAGAACUGGCUGAGCAGAGUGAAAAGAGUCAAAUUGCUCUCAAAGAUGUUCAAGCAGAGAAGAUAGAGCUUGCAGAUCAAAUCCAGGAUCAGCUUCAUCAGAUUUCUGACCUGAAAUCACACAUUAAAAAUCUUUCGUCCGAACAUGCAAAGUUGGAAGAGCUGACAGGAGAAAAUAAAACACUUAAGAAGGAACUGGCCGCUAUGAAAAUGACGGUAAAUAUGUUUAAAACUCAAAAGAAACCUGAUCAAACAGAAAAAAUUGAAGAAUUAAACCUAAAAGUCGAAGAAUUGAACGAAGAAGUUAAGCUGUUGGAAACUCAAAGUGUAAAGUUGAAUGAGGACAGAGAGGCCGAGCGUUCAAACCACAAACAGAUGUGUGUGGACCUUGAAACAGAAUUACAUGCAAGUGUGAAACAUCAAUCUGAGGUUGAAUCAGAAUUGGAAUCAUCAAAAACGGAGGUUACUGAUUUGAAAGAGAAGCUAAUUCAGUUACAGGAAAUUCAUACUGCUAAAAUAACUGCUAUGAAUGAAACUAUUUCGGAUGAAAUAGAGCAAAGUAAAACGUUAACUGAAACUUUGGAGAAUAUAAAGUCUACUAAGGCUGAUUUAGAGGAAAAACUGUUGAAAUUAGAAACUGAGAAUUCUGAUUUAAAUUCUACAAUUACUACAUUACAAGCUGAGCAGGAAAAUCGAAAAGAAUCUGAUACUGAAAAGGCAGAUUUGUUGAAAGAGUUGUCUGAAGCAAAUAAGCAGCUCACAAUUCAAACAGAUGCAAUUUCAAGGCUGACAUCGGAAAAUGAAGAAAUAAAGAGUAGUGCGAAAGAUUUGUUAGAACAAAAAGACCUUGCUUCAUUAGAUCUGGAGAAAGAGAGAGAAAGGGUAAAAUGUUUGACAGAAUCUGAAAAUAAGCUCUUUCAAAAAAUGACACAAAAAGAGUCAGAGAUCCAGAUUCUGGAGGAAAAAUUUAAAGAUUUGCAAACCAAGGCUCACGAGUUUGAGCAGAGGUCAAAAGAUGUCGAAAACAUUUCGAGUCAAAAUAAUCAACUUGGUGAAAAGUUGGCUGAAGCCAAAAGUAAAAUUGAUUCGCAAGCACAAGAGAUGAAUUCAUUAUCUGAAGAUAAAAAGCAACUUUCUGCAGAGGUAAUGGAUCUGAAAGAGCAACUGUCUAACAGUACAUGUGAAUCCGAAACUGUCUUGAAAAAAUAUACAGAAGAAAAUGUUACAUUGCAAAAUGCUAUUUCACAACUUGAAAGUGAUAAAGAAGAAAUAAACGCUAAUAAAGAAUCAUUACAAGCAGAUCUUGAGGAUGUAAAACAAGAACUAUCAGUGCUACGAACAGAAAAUGAAUCCUUUAAAGCAUCAAUUGAAAGCAACAAUGGUGCUGUGCAUCAACUCGCUGAGCAGGUUGAGAAAAAUGAUUCAAUGAUGGCACAAAUUACUGACUUAAACACUGAGGUGGAAGCUGCUAGCAAGGAGAUUGAGGUUUUAAAGGAAAAAUUAAAAAAUCAAGAUGAACUUGUUAAUGAAAAAGAAGUUCUGGCUGAGAAAUGUUCACAGUACAGUAACAACUGCAGGGAACUACAAGAGAAGGUUGAAGUGCUUGAAAAAGAACUGAAAGAAUAUGUUGACCAGGUGUUGACAAAGGUUGCAGAUACUAACCAAGCUGCUGAAGAAAAAGUUCGGGAAUUAGAACUGGAGAAUUCGGAAUUGCACAAACAGGUUGAAGAUCUAAAACCUGAGAUGGAACAAUUAAAAAUGGUGGCAGAAGAAAGUUUGUUGCUCAAGAAAAAGUUAGAGGAUUCUGAUGCUGUUAUUUUGCAGCACAAGGAGGAUAAUCUAAGUAUAAAAGAAAAGAUGUCUCAACUCCAAGGAAAGUUGCAGAAAAGCGACUCUCAGUGUGGUGCAAUGGGUGAAGAAAUUUCUUCACUAAAAGAGGAAAAUGAAAAAUUGGUAGCUGGUAAGAGUUCCGCUUCGAAUAGUGUUGCUGAGUUACAAAAAGAAUUAAAUGAAUAUAAGAGUCAAAUGGGAGAACAAGCAACUGCUCACUCUGCGGAGAUACAGGAGUUGAAUUGUCAAAUUGAGACACUAACAAGAGGAGCAUCCCUUACACAGGACGAAAAAACUGAGAUGGAUCAACUAAAAAGGGUGGCAGAAGAAAGUUUGUUGCUCAAGAAAAAGUUAGAGGAUUCUGAUGCUGUUAUUUUGCAGCAAAAGGAGGAUAAUCUGAGUAUAAAAGAGGAGAUGUCUCAACUCCAAGGAAAGUUGCAGGAAAGCGAAUCUUGGUGUGGUGCAAUGGGUGAAGAAAUUUCUUCACUUAAAGAGGAAAAUGAAAAAUUGGUAGCUGGUAAGAGUUCCGCUUCGAAUAGUGUUGCUGAGUUACAAAAAGAAUUAAAUGAAUAUAAGAGUCAAAUGGAAGAACAAGCAACUGCUCACUCUGCGGAGAUACAGGAGUUGAAUUGUCAAAUUGAGACACUAACAAGAGGAGCAUCCCUUACACAGGACGAAAAAACUGAGAUGGAUCAACUAAAAAGGGUGGCAGAAGAAAGUUUGCAUGAGAAUCUACAGAAGUCUGGAGAUGAGUUUCAAGCUGGGAUGACGGACUUGAAACAACAGCUUUCUCUAGUUGAGAAAAAGAAAUCUGAAUUAGAAAACAAGGUUGGUGAGCUUAAAUCAAAUCUUGAGACAGAAGAACUGAAACAAAAUAAGUUUCAAGAACAAAUUUUGGCUUUAGAAGAAAAAUUAAAAACUACAACGGAUGCAAAAGAUGAAGCAUUAUCUGAAAUUAAAAGGCUGACAAGUUCUCACCAGGAGUCAAAAGAGAUGGCUACAGCAUUACAGCAGGAAAAAGAAAAAUUAAACAAUCAUUUGUUAGAUGUGAAAAAUGAAAUUCAAAUGCUGGAAAGAUGAUUGUUUUCCACAAAAGACAAAUUAAGCGAAACUGAAGAAAUUGUGAAAAGUUUAAAGGUAUCGGCACAAGAAUCUUCUGCAGAUUUGACUGAAGCUGAAUCUAAAUGCAAAGACCUUGAACUGAAGGUUGAAACACUUACUUUGGAAUGUGAGAGACUAACUCAAUCUCAAAGUGAGCUUGAUGUUUCAGUGGGCGAUGGUGAGGGGGGUGGGAACCAAAAAGAAAUUGAAAAUCUUCAGCAAAGUGUUCAUGAGAAAGAGAUUCUUAACAAUAAACUGAAAAUAUUGGCUGUCAAAGCCAAGAAAGAGCGAGAUGCUGCAAAGAUGCAGCUGCAAGUUGCACAGGAAGAAACAGCAGCGUUGAAGGUUCAAAUCUCUGGCAUGGAAGCAAAACUCAUGGGAAGUCAAACACAAGCAAGCAAUGUACAGAUGAUGCAACUUGAAUGUGAUAAACUACAAGAUGAAGUUGAUCAAAUAAAUAAAGAGAAAUCCUCAAUACAAAAGUCAUUGGAUGAAACUUUGAAUCAACUAACUGCUUCCCAAGUAGAGAAAGCAAAGUUAUCAGAACAGCUUGAUUCGACCAACUCUGAUGUACUCGCAUUGCAAAAUAGCAAGGCUGAAGUUGAACAAUUACUUAAUGAAACAAAAACCUUAGUAACUUUAAUUGAGAAAGAAAAGGAAAACGUUUCCAAAGAAAAAGUAGCGGUGAAGCAGGAGCUCGAAGCAACGAAAAUACAGAUAUCCACACUAAGUAAAUCAGUUGAUGAUUAUGCAAGGAAACUUAAAGAAAGUCAAACUGCAUUAAAAGAUGCUGAAAUGAAUGUGAAACAACAUGGUCUCAUGUCUCUUGAGAUGGAACAAUACGAGAAAACUGUUGAAGGUCUUCAAUCCAACAUCACCGAGUUGUCCUCCAAGAAUCAGGAGUUAAAAUCUGAAAUUAUCGGCCUGGAGGAGAAGAUCACUUCUUUACAGGAGGAGAGAAAAGAAGGGGAAAAGUUACGCAUUGAAGCUGAAGACAGGGUAACGAAAACUAAAGAAACAUUAGAUGUCACUAGAGAUGAGUUAAGUAACUCGAAAGCGCUUGAGAAAGAACUCAACAUUCAAGUCAGUGAAGGAACAUCUCAAAUCUGUCUUCUCACUGAAGAAACUGAGCAACAAAAGCUUGACUUGGCUUCCCAAUCAUCUGAAAAUCGUGUCUUACAAGAACAGAUUGUUGCUUUAAAAACAUCAACCACAAGAAACAUUGAAACGUUAGAAAGAAGACUUCACAGCGCCCAGAUGGAAGUGGAAUCAUUGAAAAGUGAGAAAGAAACUUUAAAACACGAUUAUGAAAGUUAUAAAGUGAGAGUACAUUCCGUGUUAAAGCAGCAGAAGAGCAAAGAUACACAACCGCCUGCUAAACAAGACACUACAGAGAUCAACAACUUGAAGUUGACAAUGGAGCAAAUAAAGAUGAAGCUACAUGAGUCUCAAAACAUCCUCGCAUCCAGGGAGGGAGAGCUUGAUCUCUUGCAAGGAGAUUACGAUCGUCUUCUUCGUCAACAACAGGAGUCGUCCGACAGUGCAGUGGAGCGCGAAGGGCGCUGGAAGUCACGGGUUAAGUCUCUUCAGCAAGAGCUCGCAAGUGUCCGGAAACAAUAUGCUGACGCCUUGCAAAAUAUUUCGGAUCGGGAGGAUUCUGUGAGUGCAGCGAGUCAGUUGGAGAUGCAGAGGAUGAAGGAAGAUCAUGAGAAGGUCGUGUCAUUGAUAAAAGAGGAUGUUGCGCAUCUGGAGCGCGAGUUGCAAAAAGCUCGAUCAGAUGCAAAACGAAAGGCAGAAGAUAAAAUUGAAACUUCAACCCCAAGAAAAAUUCCCACCAGUCCCCUGCCUUACCACUACCACCGACCGCCGCUAGAGAGCCACCCAUCGAUGAUGUCAUCAGUUGAUUAUCGAUCAGUGGCAAGAGAGGAUGGAGAAGGAGAGGAGAAUCCGGAUCGUUCUUCGGUUGUCUCCUUUGAACAAAUUUUGAAGACACCAAAUCAAAUUAAAUCAGUCACUGUCCUAUCCGACACUGUCAGUUUGUCGUCCGAGGUUCAACUUAAACAGCUAGAGUCUCGUUUUGAAGCUCAAUCCAAACAGCUGGAACAUCUGUCAGAGGUUGCUAGCGAGAACGAAGCAACGACAGCUCGCCUAAUUGACCAGAACCAAGUGCUGAAAGAUGAAAUACGAAGGCUGGAGAAAAACCAAGAACGGCAAGCCUCUGUGUCAAAUUUGGAAUACCUUAAAAAUGUGAUUUAUAAAUUUGCAACACUGCCACCUUGUGACGAGAAGCAGCACCUUCUACCAGUGUUGGACACCAUGCUCAAACUUACUGCCGAGGAAAAAUUAACUCUUCAAACCAUUGCUCUUGGUGAUAAUACGGUCACUGAAUCACAGGAAGCGUCGGGUUGGGGAAGCUAUCUCCAACGUUGGUCAGGCAUGCAGUGACAUCAUACUAACGUCUGGUACAAAGAAUGAAAUCAUUAAGUGCCUUAAAUAAGCAGGAGAAGUUUAUGCGUAGAUUAAUUUAUUCUUAUCAUCGACAAUCAUUCUCAUCGUGGGCAUCAAAUUUUUUAGAAUGCAGGGGAGGAAGGCAUAGUUAGACUUGCAUUCUUUAAAACAAAAGUACUAGUGUUGACGAAUUCAUGCAUUGGAGACAAAUUUUGGGUUGACUUGCCUACCUGGCCACCCCAGGUUUGGCGCCUAUGAUUCUCAUUGCACUUAGUAUAUAGACAGAUCUGACUGAUAUUUAACUGCGUUUUUUCUACUUUACUUUGUUACCCAGUGUGCUUACACUAUUUAAAUGGGUGCUUCAAUUCUUAAUCUGUCUUCUUGUUAAUAAUACUCGGACUGAUUUGCCUCCGGUGUUAACAGUAUCUGAGUUAUUGGUUGAGGUUUAACUUCUUCAGUUUUGUACAUUAAAAAUGUACACAGGGUUCAAUGCUUCUGUGCUACACUGCUAUCCUAUCUAUAACAUAGAUGCUUUUUUGUUUAACGAACUUUUUAAGAUGUAAUAUGAUCAGCAUUCUGCCUUCUGGUUAGAAUAUACUAUUCUAUAACUGUACUAGAGUGCAUUGUAGGGGCACGGUUCAAUACAAAAUAACUAAUAAAGGAAAUGUUUUACUACGCAUUUGCACUUGUUAACCUUGGCCCUGCAUGGGAAUUAUGCAAUGUGAGUAAAAAAUUAAAUCCUGUAAUGUUUAACUAAAAAUAAUGUUUCGAUUGUGACCAAUUAAAAAAGAUAAAAGAAAUGUUGUUAAGCAUAUGUGAUUACAUUCUAAAGUUAAUAAAACUAUGCUUGCUUAGAAA